UUCUGUCAUACUCUUUGAAGGCACUAUUUACAGUUCUAUAAAGAUGCUCCAUGGUGUUGAAGAGAAUCAUGUUUCGCACUCAUCACGUCGAAUUGGUGUCGCCUUUGAGAGAGGGGGAUCUCAGGGUAGGCAAGCGGUUGGCCUUCACAGUUGUGGUAUUUGUCGAUCAGCCUUAACUGCGUGGGUUGUUGCACCAGACGGGAUCAGAUUUUGUGUCAACAUUAGAUGAUUUUGUGUCAACAUUGGCAGAUCCAGUGCAAUCGCCUGUAACUUAGAAAUUGAACACAGAUCUACUUCAGGAUCGGUUUCAAGUGCCCACCGACUCCUGUGGAAGUAAAAAAAUUCACGUUUUCAUUGACAUUUGCGCUGCACAUCCUUCAGGCAGAAAUCAUGGCUCUAGCGAAUGGUUCUCUGAUUGUAGCACGACGGACCGAAAGCAACCCUCCUUUCAUUAGUUCUUUCAUUGGAGACCAAAUCUCUAUCAAGUUGCCGGCGCAAUUACGACCUCCCCAUUUGAAACGCAAGAACAAUCGUGGCGUCCGCAUUAAUGUCACCGAAGCCGUGCACUCUGCCGAGCCUUUCAACGCCGUCAAGAAAGUCGAGAAAGAAUUUUCAAGCACAGAAAAGAAAGAAGGUUUGCAGGCAAAGUAUUGGUCCCUCAACAGUUGGAGGAAUAAGGUUGCUCUCCAACAGCCCAACUACCCGGAUCUUGAGAGGCUUGCAGAGGUCGAGAAGACACUCGCAGACAUGCCUCCCCUUGUUUUCGCUGGUGAGGCCAGGAGUUUGGAAGAAAAGCUCGCCGAUGCAGCCCUUGGAAAGGCUUUCUUGCUACAAGGCGGAGAUUGUGCCGAAAGCUUUAAGGAAUUUAAUGCAGUUAACAUCAGGGACACAUUCCGGGUUUUGUUGCAGAUGGGGGCAGUGCUCAUGUUCGGAGGCCAAAUGCCAGUUGUGAAGGUUGGAAGAAUGGCAGGACAAUUCGCCAAACCUCGGUCUGAGGACACAGAGAUGGUUAACGGCACAGAGCUUCCAAGUUAUAGAGGUGACAUUAUCAACGCCGAUCUACCAACGCUCGAGGCUCGAGUCCCCGACCCCACGCUCAUGGUGCGCGCAUACGACCAGGCCGCUGCCACACUGAACCUGCUGCGUGCUUUUGCUACCGGCGGUUUCGCUGCAAUGCAGCGCGUCACUCAAUGGAACCUUGACUUUGCAGCCAACAGCGAACAAGGUGACAAGUACCGGGAGCUCGCUCACAGAGUGGACGAGGCCCUGGGCUUUAUGGCCGCGUGUGGGUUGACACCUGAGCAUCCCGUUAUGACAACAACCGAGUUCUACACAUCGCAUGAGUGCCUCCUCCUUCCAUACGAGCAAGCAUUCACACGAAUCGACUCAACAACUGGGCAAUGGUACGACUGUUCCGCCCAUAUGCUCUGGAUUGGUGAGCGAACUCGUCAGCUCGACGGUGCUCACAUUGAAUUCCUGCGCGGAGUGGCUAACCCUCUGGGAGUGAAAGUGAGUGACAAGAUGAAGCCAGAAGACUUGGUCACCUUGUGUGAAACGCUGAACCCAGACAACAAGCCAGGAAGGCUAACCGUAAUUGUGCGAAUGGGCGCCGCGAAGCUCCGUGAGAAGCUGCCCGCGUUGGUGAGGGCUGUGCGGCAGGCUGGAUGCAUGGUGACCUGGGUCAGUGAUCCCAUGCACGGGAACACAAUCAAAGCACCUGGCUCCGGAACGAAGACGCGACCCUUCGAUGCCAUUCUGACGCUGUGGCUGGUGUCUGGGCCCAAUGCAGGAGGAAGUAAAAGCCUUCUUCGACGUUCACGAGCAAGAAGGCACGCAUGCGGGCGGAGUCCAUCUCGAAAUGACAGGCCAAGACGUGACGGAGUGCGUGGGUGGCGGCAUCAACCUAUCUUACGAAGAUCUAAGCUCCCGGUACCACACCCACUGCGACCCUCGCCUUAACGCUUCCCAGGCGCUCGAGCUGUCCUUCAUCAUCGCCGAGCGGCUUCGCAAGAGGCGACUGGAUGGCGCAACCGAUUCAUUCCUCCACAACCUAGCCGCACAGAUAUCCAACGUAUGCUGACACCGUGGGAGCACACGAGUUACGUAAAUCCGACGACGAGUUACGUCGACGGUGUGUUUCUGUAUCAACCUCGAACCCAGAAGUCCCAGAGUCUAGAGAUGCGGCAUCCUCCAGAGAUCGUAAUAAGCAAAAUUCAGUGUAGGUGUGAUCAUGAAUUGCCUUCGUAUCAAUAACAUACAUGCCUUAGAAGCAUGCGGCGAUUGCCAUCGACCCUGAUGGCCGAGCGCUUCUCCGGGACUCACACGAAGCUCGGCGCCACUAGUCCAGAAAAACACGCGACGAAGACCCAUCGUGUGAAUGGGUCCCUUUAGCUUCCCCUUUCAGUUCCCCGCUGUUGCCCGGGAAAUACGUGUCACAAUUUCAUUACACGCUUCGAUGAUUAAUGUUGGAUGAAUAUCUUUAGUGGUAGAUGGAUGAACGGCUGUAGGUGCUACAACUUGUGAUUACAUUGAUGUUUACAACAUAAAUGAAGGGGGAUUGAUUAUUGGAUGAACAAGUGUUGAUAAUUUCAUGGCUACAUGUAAUUCUUUGCAUGUAAUUCUUUGCAAAGAAUUGUGAAUAAAAAACACGGUUUUGUAGGGA